CCACGGAUCGAGCGAAACUAAAAAAAAAAUUGCUUGAUUUCAAUCCAUUCAGUCUGUUUAAUUGUUCCUUUUCUUAAGCCUUUUUCCUUUCCAAUUUUAUUUUCGUUUUGGCGUUUCUUUCCUCGGGUCAAACGCUCCUGUGCUCCCUUUUUUUUUUUACUAUACAUGCUUCAGUAAAUUUUUACUUUACUUUUUUUCCCUCUCUUUCUCCCCGAAAACAAAAGAAGCCUGCACGCAGCAAGAACGAACGACGAACAGAUACCACUACGUCCGCUAUGCCACCUUUGAUGGCUUAUUUCACACGCAGGCAGCCUACUGCAAGCAGUAGUAGUAGUGGUAGUAGUAGGCAGCCGAUGCCGCAUACUAAACAACAACGACAACGACGACGACAACAGCAAGUGGGAGACUAUGUGUUAAUUCGGACGAUCGGUCGCGGAUCCUCUGGACAAGUAAAACUUGCAAGACAUAUCAUCACAGGCGAAUACGUCGCCAUCAAGAUGAUUGCACGCCGUCACCUGCUUUCAUCGGUAGCCAUUGCUCGAACUGUCGAACGCGAACUCGCCAUCUUGCAGCUGAUCCAACACCCGAACCUCAUCAUACUAAAGCACGUACUUCAGGAUCCAACGUACGUCUACUUUAUUACCGAAUACGUGGAUGGUGGAGAGCUGUAUCAUGUUCUCGCCGAACAAGGACGACUUGCCGAGACCGAGGCCCGAGGCCUCUUUAUCCAGUUAGCAACGGCUGUCGCAUGGUGUCACACUCACCACAUCUGCCAUCGCGACCUGAAGCCUGAGAACAUUCUGAUUGAUCGAGAUAAAAAGAAGUUGAAGGUUGCUGAUUUCGGCAUGGCUACCAUUCAACCCUCCGAGUGUUUACUCAAAACAAGCUGCGGAUCUCCGCACUACGCUAGUCCAGAGAUAGUGACAGGCAAACCGUACUACGGACCACCGGUCGAUGUCUGGUCGUGCGGCGUGAUUCUGUACGUUCUGUUGACAGGCCGCUUUCCAUUUGACGAUGGCCAUGUUCCUCGCUUACUUGCCAAGAUUAAAGCCGGACGUCACCGAAAGCUGCCCGAUUACUUGUCAUCUUCUGUUAAAGACCUUAUUCGAUCCAUGCUGACCGUUGAUCCGAACAAACGAGUCACCAUGAACGAUGUACUAUGCCAUCCAUGGGUAACAACCUUAAGCAAUGAUAACGUCAUACUACGGUGUCGUUACGAUAGUGCUGCUCCUGCUGUCAUGUUUCAUCAACUAGAGAAUCCGGUGAUCACAAGCCCUGACAACCUUUACGGCACCGUUUGGGAAACACUCAAAGUGCUUUGGAGAAACAUGCCGCGUGAAAAUAUUAUUGCUGCACUCUUGUCUGACAAACCAAAUGUUCAGAAGCUUACAUUCUGGCUCCUGCAGAAACGUACAGAACGUUUGGCAUGUGGCGAAGAAUCGCAAGAGCAAGAACGACAGAUUGUCGAUCGGAACCAUCAACAAAUGCCGCGCGACAGCAACAGCAGCAGCAACAACAACAAUAUUACAUUAGAGACAAACAAGGAGCUAUUGAAUCAUCAUUCCCUCCCUAUACCUUUUCCGUCUUAUCGCCGUAUACCCUUAUCGCUCUAUGAUAAGGUUAAAUUGUGCUGCACGAAUGAUUACGAUGGUUAUGAUGUCCUUUUCUUAUGCCAUUGCUUAUCCAACUCGAGCACCAUGUCAUCAUCGAAUUACACCAGUGAAAAGAGCCAGAAGCAACACCAAAAACAGCAACAACAGAAUCUAGUUCGCAGGUCAAUGAAUUUUUCUGCUUCCUAUCAUGAUGAGGUCGAACUAUCUCCUAGUACUGCGGUCGAUUAUCCACCGGAUUUUGUAAUGUUUGAUGGUCAAUCAACCAGGACAAUGACAACAGACUCAUCUUCCGUGUCGACACCUAGCGGCAAUCACUGUUGCGACGAACUUGCUUCUGCUGUGUGUGGGUGUGACAUUGAUUCAUAUCAACAGCUACAGCAAAAAGAAGAACGAUCAAUUGCCAAUGCCGCUCCUAUCGGGAGCCAUCAUCUUCCCAGCAGCGCUAUACGACAAAAGAGAGCAUCAAGCAUCAUCAAUAACACAUUCUAUGGCUCCAAUAUGUUCACCAAUCACAGCACACGUCCCUCGCAUCUCAAAUCAACCACGGCAGAAGCGAUUGUUUCGCAUGUUAUACCCGUUGCAGAACACCGUAUGGCUAUUACUAGCUUUCAAUUGAAGAGUACACACCAGCAGCAGAAGCGGCAGCAUAAUAAUACCGGACUAUUCAAGCGACCUUUUCGACUAAUUUGCAACUUGCAUCAGGAAUUGUUCCAGCCCUCAUCACCAUCAUCAUCAUUUGAAAAAACGGUCGCCGCCGCUACUGCCACCACCAUAGACGACCUCAAAACAACAGCAGCAACAAUUAAAUCCAAAAACAUCUGCGCGCCACAAAGAGCGGAAAACAGAUAUUUGACGAUGGUUAACAAGAAGCUUCAUCGAUGGCUUUUCUAUACUCUAAUGUGGUUAGAUGAAAAAGUUCUAUAUGGGUGGGAAGUGUCGCAACAGAAUCAGCAAAGCAACGAAUAUGAUGUACACAAGAUAUACACCAUAGACUGUGCUGCUGACCAUGAAGGAGAAGCUGCGGGCAAGCUUCAGCAGUUGUUGAGCCAGUAUCUUGGUGGUGAUUUAAACGGGCAUCUAUAUCCUAGUGGACAAAUAAUAUGGUCCGGAUCUAUGCUUGCCGCAAAUCCAACAGACUUUUUAACAAAGCAAGACCGACAACUUGAAUUUCUCUGCAACAUUACUAUUCUAAAGAACACGUUUAAUGACGACACUAUUGCCACGACGGAAAGCAGCAGCCGCAGCACCAGCAACAACAUGUACAGCUCCACUUUAAAAACCCUGGCACGGUUUCAUUUCAUUUUAAUACAAGGAGAACCAUACUUUAUGAGAUCUACUGUAAAUACGCUUAACCAACUGUUUGAAAGCCACGAAACCCAAGCAAAACUCGUCUCUGAAGCAAAUGGAUGGCUGCUUUAAAUUUCUUACAUAUAAUAUUCGUUUUUUCUUUCUAUAUUUCUGCUUCCUAUCUCCACUUCAUUUUCAUUAUCUGCUAACAUAUACUUACACAGCACUGGGGCGUACACAUUAUAUAUUCUACUUCCUUCUUAUUUUCACAUUUGUUAGCAUAUAUACAUAUAGCAUUCUCUUUAACUUCAUCCAUAAUUCUCUGUCAUAACUAAUAUAAUAAGAAAACCCAGCAGAAUAUCACAUACUGC